UGACGCUGGAGGCUUCAACGACGUAACACAGCCCGUCAGUGACGCAGCAAACUUUCGCCCGCUACUGUAUCGCGAGACUCUCAAGCCCAACGCCAAACCAACCAGGUCCUGUCUCGGUAUUGGCCAUGACAGCGACCUUGACAGCUCCACGAACCCUCGCAACUCCCAUUCACCUGCCUGUCGGAUUGGUUGCCUCCACCUGAGCCCGGGCCCUCGCUCUAUCCGUUGAGCAGUCAUGUCGGGGUCCAAGGCGCUGCUCAAGUCCAUCAACGAUGCGAUUCGGCAGCAAAACUUUGACGAUGCCAUCGAGCAGGCCCAGGGCUACCUGAAAAAGGACCCCAAAAACUACCAGGCGCUCAUCUUUCUGGCCUUUGCCUUGGACAAGACAAACCGGCUUGACGAGGCCGAGACAGUCUACCAGAAUGCCACCGCCCUGCGUCCACAGGACGCGCAGGCCUACCAGGGCCUCAUCAAAAUCUAUGAGAAGCAAGGCGCCAAGAAGCUGCCCGAGUAUCAGCGGGCCGUCGUCAGCCUGGCCCACGUGUUUCGCGAUGCCGACGACAUGUUUAAGUGCCAAGAUGUCGUUGACAAGUUUGUCGACUUUGCUAGGGCGCAGGGCGACAAGCUUCAGUAUGCCGAUGCCUUGUGGAUCCAGCUCCCGGACAGCCCCCUCUACCAGGUACUUGAAGGGCGCUUUCCACAUCCCGCAAGGACCUAUGAAACCAUUGCCCUCAUCCUUGAAGAGUUUGAAAAGAAGCGCAUCAACACGCUCAUUGGGGAACGACGGACGCGUCUAGGUGCCACAUUGACCGAUGUCACCGUCGAGGUCAAGCGGGAGGUAUUUUCGCUCAGCAAGCUGGAGCACAUCUAUCGACAGUUGAUCAACUGGACCAGCGAUGAUGAUGUGAGGAGAACGUACGAGGAAAAGCUCCUCCAGCACUGCCAUGACCGCCUGCUGGUCGCCCCCGCCGCUGGAAAAGCGGACGAGCAGGCCAAAGUACGUGGCCUCGCAAGCGACAUGGUCAUCAUCAAGCACCCCUUCAAGCUGGCGUGGGACAUUGCCAUCAACUGGCAAGACCACAAAGACAUCAAGGACUGGGAUGUCAACGUCUUGCGAGAGUACUGCGGCUUCUUUCCCGACAGCGAUCUUUACAAGGUCAUCACGGGCUACCUGACGAGCGCCAUAUCGCCGUUCCCCGCACCCGCCGAGACAGAGAAGAAGGCCGCGUCAAUGGCCGGGUCAGAUGACAGCGAAGAUGACGAUGAGGACGGCGGUGUUCCCACGUCAUUCGUCCCGCUGACAGACGACGAUCGCCUCAUCAUGAUCACCGAGGGCAUCACAGGCACCGAGUCCACCUUUGCGUAUCGUUUAGUCGGCCAUUACUUUCUUCACCUUGGCGAGUACGAGAGCACGGUCGAGCUCAUGCGCAAGGCCCAGCAGUUCGCUGCCAAGGAGCGCACAAGAACAGGCCUCUCCUUUCGCAACACUUGUGACGCGUACUCGCUUUCCCUGGGCACAGCGCUGGUCUACUACCAGUCGCCUAGGCAUCACCAAGAAGCCAAAGCCCUAUUUGACAAGGUGCUUGAGCAUGACGAGACUUCGACGCCGGCCAUGAUCGGCGUGGGGCUCAUCUUUGAGGAAGAGGAGGAGUACGAUGAGGCCGUUGACUACCUAACUCGUGCGCUCGGGCGCGACCCCUCGAAUAUCCGCGUCAGGUCUGAGGCGGCCUGGGUCAAGGCCUUGAAAGGGGACUGGCAGACCGCCAAGGCCGAGCUCUUGGACUGCGUCCAGCAGCUGGAGCAAAAGAAAGCCGACGACAAGGAUUUGCUCGCUGACACUCAAUACCGUAUCGGCUCCUGCAUUUGGAACCUGGACUCGAGUCGGCAGGCGAGAAAACAGCGAAAGGGCGAUAGUGCAUAUGCAUACUGGCUGGCCGCUCUCAACAGUAACCUCAACCACGCUCCGACAUACACCAGCCUUGGCAUAUUCUACAACGACUACGCCAAAGAUCGGAAGAGAGCGCGUCGGUGCUUCCAGAAGGCGCUCGAGCUGUCGUCGGCAGAGGUUGUCGCCGCGGAGCGAUUGGCCCGGUCGUUUGCAGAAGACGGCGACUGGGAUCGGGUAGAGCUUGUUGCCCAGCGCGUGGUAGACUCGGGCAAGGUCAAACCACCGCCUGGGUCGAAGAGGAAGGGAAUCAGCUGGCCGUUUGCCGCGCUAGGCGUGGCCGAGCUCAACAAGCAGGACGUUCACAAAGCGAUUGUGUCGUUUCAGGCCGCACUCAGGCUCUCGCCUGGAGACUACCAUUCGUGGGUCGGCUUGGGCGAGAGUUACCACAGCUCCGGGCGAUACAUUGCCGCCACAAAGGCCAUAAUGAAUGCACAGAGCCUGGAGACGGAGAGCACCGUCGACAUAUCCGGCGACACGUGGUUCACCAAGUACAUGCUCGCCAAUAUCAAGCGAGAACUGGGCGACUAUGACGAGUCAAUUGCCCUAUAUCAAGCCGUGCUACAGACUCAUGCUGGAGAAGAGGGAGUCAUCAUUGCGCUAAUGCAGACUCUCGUGGACAACGCUCUGGCAUGUGUGGAAAAGGGUUUGUUUGGAAAGGCUGUCCAGCUUGCCAUGGACACCAUCGACUUUGCAGCCACCACGAGUGGGAGUGUGCGAGACACAUUCAACUUUUGGAAGAGCCUUGCGGACGCUUGCUCCGUGUUCUCGUCUGUUCAGAGUCGUGCUGCUGAUUUUCCAUCCCAGGCCACCAAGGGGCUUUUGGAGAGCGGGAAUCAACAAGCUUUUGACACGCUCAGUGCAGUGGACAAGGUUGCAACAGACGUCGUCUAUGCCCCCAGCACCAACGGAGAUGGAGACGUCAUGGGCGGCAGCAUUACACGGUGCCUUCACGCAACCAUUCUGUGCCACAAGCUGGCCAUUCACGUUUCCUCAGGCGACAUCCAUGCGCAAGCCGUCGCACACUACAACUUGGGCUGGGCCGAGUUUCGCGCGCACUCAUGCUUGCCGGUCCCGCAGCGGAAGAAGUCGGGCAACUACGUCAGGGCCGCGGUGAGGGCGUUCAAGCGAGCCAUCGAGCUGGAGAGUGGCAAUUCCGAGUUUUGGAACGCGCUUGGAGUGGUGACAAGCGACAUCAACCCGCCCGUUGCGCAACACGCGUUCGUCAGGAGCCUGCACUUGAACGAGCGCAGCCCGGUGGCUUGGACCAAUCUGGGGGUCUUGGCCUUGCUGUCUGGUGACAUGAGGGUGGCAAACGAGGCAUUCACUCGAGCACAGUCGGCAGACCCGGACUACGCACACGCCUGGCUGGGACAGGGAUUCGUUGCGCUGCUUGUCGGCAACGCAAAGGAGGCCCGGGGACUCUUCACACAUGCCAUGGAGAUUUCCGAGGCCUCGUCAGUUCCCACACGGCGGCACUACUCGGCAUCUACCUUCGACCACAUCCUCACGGCUCCGCCUAACAUGACUGUGGCUUCUCUCAUACAGCCGCUAUUUGCACUAAAUCAGUUGCAAAGCCUGCGCCCUCAAGACAUGGCAUUUGGCCAUUUGUCAACCAUGCUCCAGGAGCGGACGAGGGAGCAUGCCCCUGCAGUGCAGACGCUGGAAAAGAUUUGCGACCUUAUCGAGGCUGACUAUGAGGCCACCGAGUCUGCGGACAGUCUUGCGCGGUUCACAUUAGCAAAGACCGACUUGGCGAGGGCGUACCUCGCCGCCGGGUCGUACGGCCAAGCCGUGGAGUGCGGCGACAUGGCUCUCGGCCUGAGCGGUGACGAGAGCGAGAGCGAGUUGACGGGCGAGCAACGGAAGAAGGCUAGGUUAUCAGCGCACCUGACCGUCGGUUUAGGGCAAUACUACUUGGAGCAGUACGACGAGGCGCAAAAGUGCUUCGAGGCCGCGCUGGGAGAGUCGGACAACAGCCCUGACGCGACGUGUCUUCUUGCCCAGGUUCUUUGGGCGCAAGGCUCGGAGGAGUCGCGGGAUAAGGCCCGCUCAGCCCUGUUCGAAGUGAUUGAGAGGCGGCCGGAUCAUGUCCAGAGUGUUGUUCUGCUUGGCGUCAUCGCGCUGCUAGACCAGGACGAAGAUAGCCUGGAAGCUGUCGUGGAGGAACUCCAGAAGCUUCGUACCAACGAACGCGUCACGACGACGGAACAGUCGCACAUUGGCGAGGUGCUCCGGGCCAUUGCCGGCCUGGGUGACGGCCGCACAGAGCAGGACAUGUUGACGCAGAUCCAGCAGGACGUGAUGCUGUAUCCGCAUCUCCCGCACGGGUGGUCGUCCCUCGCGGAAACGACGGGCGAUCCGUACGCGUCCCAGAUGGCCCUCGAGGUGGCCGUCAGGGGCAUACCGCCGCGGGGCGUGCUGGAGGCUCAGGACCUUGCCAGCGCCUAUGCCGGCACGGGCAAGGCCGCGGACGCGCAGAGAGCUACCAUGCUUGCGCCAUGGGAGAAACCUGGAUGGGUGGCCCUAGAGGUGGCCACGGCAGGCAUGUAGACGGGCAUUUGCAGAGGUGUUGUUGGCAUUCAGGGGGAGGGGCAUGGUUGAGAAUAUGCAUCCAGUAUCAUGGUCAUGGCUGGGGGUAUCUUGAUAGAACUGCAAAAGUACAUCGACGCGCUGUCGACGGAGAAACAGAAACGUAUGCACAUAUGCACGUAUGCAU